CUAUCAGUGAUAGGAUGGCAAAGCCACGCCUCUGCAUACAAAAACUUGAACCUUGAAAACAGGCACUUUGUUGGUAGUAUCAACAGCAGCGUCCUUUCCUUCCAGAGAUUACCUUGACAUAUACAUGGUCAAGCAUGCUGUAUGCUGUCAUAACCUUGAUGGAGGGUAAUACAAGAGAAUGGAUGGUAAUAGCAUCAAAUUGGUUGAACAAACUGAAGGACCAAUGUCACUGGCCAUCAUUUGAAUCAACAAAGACGUUAAUGGAAGCUGUGAAAAACAGAAUUGAGCCGUCAACAGCAGGGAAACCAUGGAAGAUGAUAAAAAGUAUCCACCAUGCAGAAUAUGUAUGUUUUGAGAAGGCUAUGAGGAAAAAAGAGGGGCUUGAGGAAACAGAGGGACACACGAGUACUAAAAGGAAACGUGACCAUGGAUCAUCUGACUCUAAUGCAGAGACAUUGUUGAAAACAGAUAUGGAGAUGGCAAAGCAAAUCAUGAAAGGCAUCACUGACAACUUAGACCAAGACAUCAUGAUGCACAAAGAUAUCAUUUUAAAGAUAAAACAAAUGAAUGAGGUCACUAAGAAGAAAGCAACUAUAGGAAUUUUUGGAAAAUCAGGAGAAGGAAAGAGCUCCCUGUUAAGCGCAAUUCUGGGUAAAAAGGACCUAUUGCCAUCUGGCUGUUUUGGUGCAUGUACAGCUGUUAUAACUCAGGUGGAAGCAAAUCUGAGUGACUCCAACUACAAAGCAGAGAUUGAAUUCUUCUCUAAAGAGGAGUGGGAGAAAGAGCUUCAAGAUCUUUUUAAAGUUUUAUCCGAUGACAGUGAGGACAAGAAUGAGGACAUGAUUGAAAUAGCUGUAGAAAAGAUCACAGCAUUGUAUGGAGAAGAUGCAGAUAGGAAAACCCUAAAAGAGCUAAAAAAUCAUAGCAUAUCUGUCAAGAUUGAAGACUUUUUGUCCGGCAGAAAGAAAAUUAUUUCAACCGAUGAUGUUACUGAAUUUGCCAACAAAGUUGCAUGUUACAUACUGCAUAGUGAGGCAAGUCCUGGUGGCUGGUAUUGGCCACUUGUGAAGUGCGUGACCUUCAAGGUUCCAAAUUGUCGUGACCUCUUGGAGUACAUAGUCCUUGUUGAUAUACCAGGUACUGGAGACUGCAACAAGAUCAGAGAUGACCUCUGGAAAUCUAAACUGAAAGAGUGCUCUUUUGUGUGGAUUGUAAGUGCCAUCAAUCGAGUCGUCACUGAUAAAGACCCCUGGGGAAUAUUAAAACACUGCAUUGAAGAGCUGGGACCUGGAGGAGAGUGCAAAAACAUAAACUUCAUCUGUACCAAAAGUGAUGAUAUUAAUACAGUUGCCUAUAUUAGAUCUGCACGGCUUACUCAAUUUCAAAGCUUAGGAGACAAGGAACAGAAAAAAGAAUGUACGCUUCAUAGAAAUGAACUUGCAAAGACAAGGGUCAAAGAAAAGUUUGAACAUUCUGAAAUACAGAAAAAAAUGAACCCAGACAAUGAUUUUCUUCAAGUUUUCACUGUAAGUUCCAGUGCAUUUUUUGAUCCAGAUUUAAAUCUGGAACCUAACGUAACAGAAAUCCCCAAACUACAGGAAGCUCUGAAAAAUCUUAACAAGAGCAUCAACCGAGAACUGGCAAGAGAUUAUGUCAAUGAAGCAAAGGGAGUUUUGUCCUUGAUCCAAAGCGUUCAACUGGAUGCAGACAGGGAAAUGAUAAAGGACAAAGUCCACAAGGAAUAUGAGAAAAACCUCAUGAAGGCCCAAAAAGAACUGGACAAGUAUUUUGACUCCUGUUAUAAUGAUCUGAAGAAAUGUCUGUCAGCAGGAGUGAGCAAAUCUAUCCAGUCAUGUGUUCCUGACACAGAAGCACUGGUGUCACCUAAUAAGGAUAAAAGAGGAUUUCAUAAAGUUCUUCAAGCUUUAUGUAACAAUGGAGGAUACUAUUGGUCGAAAAAUUGGGAUGUAGUCCUCGACCUAAACAAGAAAUUGGCUGAUCACCUACAUGGAUCCAUAAAUCCAUAUUUCAGUAGGAUUUUUCCUAUCUGUGGUAAAACAGGAACAUCAGUGCAGGAACAAAUUGACAAAUUCAGUUUAAUCCAGAGUGAAUCCAGCCCUUACCCCAGAUCUCCCAUGUUAUGUCACAUUCAAAACUUCAUCAAAGCAGAGGAAAAUAAACUUAAGGCAGUACUCAGCAGAGACAUUGUAGAAAUGAAAAAGGAAAUUUACUCAUCAAUCCUAACAACCAUUCAGAAUCAGAUGGCUUCUCGCUAUAUAUUAGCCGCAGAAGAGAAAGGACCAGGAUCCAUGAAGAGAAGGCAAGAAAUAUUAAUAAGCUCGGUCAAUUCAAUAAAAAAUGACAUGUUCAACAUGUCAAAAAUGGAAGUCCUUAAAAAGUUCAAUAAUCUAAAGCUGUAUAUAAAAGAUGCUCUUGAAACUGGACUAAAGAGAUCAAUGAAACUUGCCCUGUUACAAACCAACAAUAUCAUACUGUUGGAUGUUUCCAGUGAGAUCGAGGAACUAGAGAGACUGACAGAGCAGCUUUCUGACUAGGAUCAUCAAGCGAUACAAAGCACAAUUCACAAACCAGAAAAAAAAUGGUUUAGGUAAAAGAAAAUUCAAAUUUUUGGUAAAAUGUUAUUUUUAGUAAAGGAUUAUAAUUACUGGUGGACACGGAUCGAGAUUAAUCACAUAUAAUAAAAGUGCAUUUUUGCAUGAUAUAUGUGUGUGUUUCUAUUAUGUAUAUUUAAACAAACAGACAUACAUGUAUACAUUUCAGAAUUUUUUUUCAUUUAUAUAUCCAUUUUGUUGUUUAAAUAGAAUAUAUAAUUGUAAAAAUAUAAUAAAUAUUUAUACACAUGUAAAUGUUUUUUAAAUACAUACAGCGGGGAAAAUAAAUAUUUGACACAUCAACAUUUUAAUCAGUAAGGGGAUUUCUGAGUGGGCUACUGAAACAAAAAUUUUUAGGGGGCAGGGUUUCUCUCUCAAUACUGACAGAUUUCAUGUGAUCUCCUGGCUUUCUAUGCCAUUUUGCACCUUGUUCUCUUCAUGUGUUCAAUACUUAUUCCCUGUGUCAUUGUACUUUAUUUAUUAUGACUCAACUUGUAUACUUAAAUGUUCUGGGCCCGGUUCCCCAAAACGUUCUUAUCGCUAAGUAGUUCUUAACCUAUUCCUUAACCUCUCUCUUAACUCUAUGGCACGAUUCCCAAAACGUUCGUACGCUAAGUAUAUCUUCUGUAAGUCACACUUUCGUAAGGUUGGUCUGGACCAUUCGUAAGCUCUCUCUUAGUGUUGUUUGAGCGCAAAACGCUAUCGCCGCAGUCUUUAGAAAUCAGCGCAGCAGAGUACAAGUCAAACUAUGGUAUGCUGACAAUGAUUUUAUGUUAUGGACAUUUUUAAGACUUAUAAUAAAAUAUGUUUGCAAUGGAUACUUGACUAUUUAUGCAGUUGACUUUAUUUGGUAUCAGAACUAAUGAAUCAAAGAUGGCGCCGGUGUUUGUUCCUCAUUGAAGUCUGUUCCCUCUAUGUUUAUAGCGUUUUCAUCACAUUACAUUAAUCAUUUAUUUAGAAAGAUUAAAGAUUUCAAUUGGUUAUACUAAAAAGCAAUAAUUUCAUGUAUUCUAUUAUACAAUUUAUUAAAUAUUUCAUAUUUGACAGUUUUAUGUCUUUUAACAUAUAGCCUGUCUUUUUCUUUUCUUUUUUUCUCUACUAUUUGUUUUAAAACUGUUAUGUUUCCAAACAUAAUAAAUAUAUAUUAUACAUAUAAUAUGAUUCAUACUGUAAAAAUAAUUGACUUACAAUCAAGAACAGUCAAGAUACAUUACAUAAAUGCCCACAUAUACAUCUCAGUAGCCAUUAAAACUUUCAAUGUAUAUAAAGAAUAAACGUAUAAUGUGAUAAAAAUGCUAUAAAAACACUACACUAAAGGGAAACAUAGGGGGAACAGACUUCCACACAACACUGGCCGCUUAACUGUUUAGUCCAUGCCAAUUUUUUUAUUCGUCAACCCUUAAACCUUUUGACAUUUUGCCUGAUGUGGCUAAAUAAAAAAAUCGCCUUCAAAUGACAACUCAUUAUGGAGGUGCUAGAUCUUCUCAGAUCAUAUUCUCUAUCUAACUAGGUUGCUUUUUAUUGAAAACAUUAAUGGUAAGCAAUACCGCAUUAAACAGAAAUACUGCAGCUGCUUGCCAAUCAAUUCUAAUUGUUGAGUACCUUAACAUUCGUAUAAAAGUGUAUUACAUAUUUUUUUAAAGUCAAAACCCAUGUCAAGAAGCGGCACAACUGGCACAACGGGAUAAGGUAUUACUGACAAUUUGAUCAUUUAAUUAAUAGUCUAUAUUUUAAAAUAAAUGUGACUGGAAUAAUUUAAGUAAUGUUCCAUUUGUAUAUAUAACGUGUUGUCUUUCUUAACGUCGUAAUGCACCUUCGCGUGAAGUGGAAAAUCGAUCCCUGAGUGAUCGAUCGUAAAUAAUUCAGCACCUUCACUUGGGACAGCGACAUUGUUACGUCGUACUUAGAGGCAGCGUGUUAAGAAGCUUCCUAAGAGACACUUCGGGGAACACACUUAGGAACAUCAACAACUUUGGUAAGAUAUAUCUUUUUGAGUCUUCUUAGCACGCUAAGAGUGAACGUUAUCGGGGAACCGGGCCCUGAUUUCUUUCGAUGAAUUCAAUAUUUGGCUUGAUGGCUACAUCUGGUGGAAAUUUUGUGUCAAUAGCCCACUUAGAAAUCCCCUUAAUGAUAAAAAUGCUGAUGUGUGAAAAACGUAUUUUCCCCGCUGUAUAUGAAUGUGUGUAUUUAUAUAUAGAUAAUAAUUACACACAGCAAACACUCAUAUAUUAUGCAAAAAAUAAUGUUAUUUUGUAUACAAUUAAGCAUGAUUAAUCUUUGCCCAGCACUAAUCAUAAUAAUGUUUUCUUUAUUAGUUUUUUGUUUAUUAAGUUUUAUUGAUUUUGUUUUGACAAAACAUCAGGGGCCUCAUUUAUAAAGCAUGUGUAUGCACAAAACGGGUCUGGAAACGUGUAUCCCCCAGUUCUCGCGCAAAGGUUUUGAUCUAUAAAAAACAAACUUGACAGGAGAAUGGGCUUAGGGUGGGAUCUGAGGAUGUUUCAUGUACGCACACUUGCAGGUGAUCUGUGAUUUAUAAAGGCAACAUUGCUUUGUUUUAUAAGUCUUCAUAUUUUUGGCUUAUGUCAUUUUUGGCUUUUGUGCAUACAUAGACUUUUAGUAAGGAUCCUACGCACAAUUUUAUAAAUGAGACCCCUGAACUUUAGGUUUGUUUUAGGUAAACUGCAUAUACAGACAGACAGACAGAUUACUUACUUCUUAUUGUAUAAAACAAUACUCUCAUUUUGAGUUUUUUUUUACUGUAUAACUGUAUUUGAAUAUGACGCUGUAAAUUAUAAUUUUAAGUCUAAUUUUAAAACAUUGCAAAUUGUUUUUAUUCUGUUGAGCUAUUUUAAACAAGCCAUUCUCUUAGUUGUGAAAUAUAUAUGUCAAAUUUGAAAUGUAUAAAAACUAUUAAUAAAAUUGAAUUGAAUAGAA